AUGAUUGGUGAUUUCAACGCCAAAAUUGGCCCCAGAAGAACGCCUGGAGAAUUUCACAUUGGAACCUACGACUUUCAAUGGAAUGAGCAGGGAGAGAGGCUUUCAGAGUUCAUCAUGGGUUCACCAUCCAUGGGAACUCGCAAUUUUAGAAGCCCUCCUCUCUAUGCUGGAAGUCACCCGAUGGGGGAUAUCAUAAUGAAAUUCACCCCAUCAUCAACCAUCAUCGAUUGGGAAUUCUUCGCUACGCUAGCCGGCUUUUGGGAAGAUUCCGCAAUGGACAACAUCAACGAAGAAUACGACAUCUUACACCUUGAAUACCUGAAACGCCAGCGUGGAGCAACACGAGCUGCAGGCAACCAGAAACUCACAUCCGAGUUGGUAAUGCUUUGCAGAGAAGCGAUAAAAGAAGACCUUAAAGAGAGAAGAUCAGAAGUGCCGGCUGAAGCUACAGAGGCGGGAAAAAGCAUCUGGGAACAGCCGUUGGAUGGAGAAGGGAAUGUAGAAAGCCAUCUACGACUUCUACUCUCAUCUCUUCGACAGCCAUGUCCACUUGCCUCCUCACCAUCUGAGGAAGAGGGACAUAUCAUUCCAGAGGUUCUCUUGUCCGAAGUACGACAUACUAUCACGUCAACAAAAAGUCGUACGACAUCCUGGUUCGACAGAACUUAUUCUGUACCAAAACACAUAAAGAACCUUUCGGCAGCAGUGAUCAACACUCUAGCGAUGCUCUUUACACGUUACCUGUCGGAAUGCAAGGUUUCUAAACAGUGGAAGGGCAGCAAGACAGUGUUGUUCGGGAGAAGGGAGAUCCACAAGACAUCGCCCACUACCACUGUUUACAGGAGUGGUUAG